CUUUGCAAGAUGCUGCCAGUGUUUGCUGCUCUCUGCCUUUGGCUCGGACCAACUGUCUUGUCGCAGGGAGCACCCUGCGAACGUGUCAGAAUCCCGAUGUGUAAAACAAUGCCAUGGAAUAUCACUCGGAUGCCCAACCAUCUUCAUCACAGCACCCAGGAGAAUGCUAUUCUCGCAGUAGAGCAAUAUCAGGAACUGGUGGACACUAAUUGCAGUCCAGUGCUGCGCUUCUUUCUCUGUGCAAUGUACGUACCCAUCUGUACCUUCGAGUUCCUUCACGACCCCAUCAAGCCGUGUAAGUCAGUUUGCCAGAGGGCAAGGGACGGUUGCGAACCUAUAAUGAGAAGGUAUAACCACAACUGGCCGGAAAGUCUGGCAUGCAACGACUUACCUGUCUAUGAUCGGGGAGUUUGCAUCUCUCCGGAGGCAAUCGUCACUGAUGGACCUGCAGAUGCAAUGUGGAUGGACAUCACCCGUGAUAUGAUCGUACAGGAGCCUUCCGACUGCAAGAGUUGGAACACAGGUCGUUGUAAAUGUAGAAAAAUUAAACCAACACUAAAAACAUACUUGGAAAAGAACUAUGACUAUGUUAUCCGAGCCAAAGUAAAAGAUGUGAGCAGAAGUGGUUGCAAUGAAAUCACCACAGUGGUGGAGAUUUUAGAGACAUUCAAGUCAUUGGCACCUAUCCUGCAGACUCACAUAGCCCUCCUUACCAACUCUUCGUGCUCAUGUCCUCAGCUGCCACAUAACCAUGAUCUGCUCAUUAUGUGUUAUGUGUUGCAUUCACGAUUGAUGCUCUUUAAUGGGUGUUUAGCUGAAAAAUGGAAAGAUCAAUGGUCUAAACGACUUAAGCGCUGGGAACAAAGACUAGAUCAGCAACAGCAGAUGCGUGUCAUGCAAGAAAGAAAGCAAAAUGCAGGAAGUAGUGAACGCAGUGGUGGUCCAAAGUCAAAUUCAAAGAAUGCAAAUAAAGCUCCUAACAACCCCAGGAAGAUCAACAAAAAUAAAGGCAAGAAGGAAGCCAAGAAAGUAUGAACCAGCAAAUUUUUAUAACUACAAUCAUCUAAUACUCUGGAGGUCAGAUCUUGGUUCAAUAGCAAGUAACAAUCUGCAGGUCAUUUCUUCCCAUAAGCAACCUUGUAUUUAUUGCACUAUUGCAUUUCAAAAUUACUGUUUAGCAUCAUUAAAGCUCUAAAACUUUACAUUUUCAUAUGCAGAUACUGCUAACCAUGUUCAUUGGUUUGCAUUACAAAAUGGUAGGAUUUCUAUGUCUUCAUCUUUCUCACUUGCUAUUUUCUUAGCAAAGAUACAUGUGAUAUCAAUCUUAUUAGUGCAGCUAAUGCUCCUUAGUAUUUGGAUACUUGUGCUAUUGAACCUGUUCCUUUGCUGUAUUGGGUGGGUUGACAAAGUACUCUUUCCAAGUCAAUCUCUACAUCUGAACGGACUCUUCCCAUUUCAUAGACCAUGUCACUGCAAUACAAGAUAUUUAGCAUUACUUAUUUAAAACAUUAUUCUGCAACAACACAGCUUAAUAUACAGAACUGCAGAUUUUCAGACUGGAUUUUAUCUUUAUGUUUUCAAUUAUUAUCUUCACAAACCUUUGAAAAUUUCAUGCCAUUCAUAAGAGCUUUGUUUUUUCAGGAAUGCACCUUAAUGAACAUCCAUUAAAUUUGUUUAUUUCCUGUAAGUUGUAUAAAACAGUGAUGUGGAUGUUUCUGAUAGUGUUAAAACUAGUUGUGACUUUUAUGAGUACAGGUUGUAUGUCCAUAAUCUGGCAGCUUUGCGACUGGUGGACUGGAGAAUUUGCUGACUACAGACAGUUAUAUGUUAACGCUAAUGUGGGAGCUUCUAAACACUUUCAAGAAGUGCUAUGCAACAUAAAAUGUGAUGAUAGAAGGAAAAGCAGCUAUUUUAAUAGAAUAUAGAUAUCUUUUUAACUGCUUAGUCAGUGUUGUUGUCUUUAUGCUGCUCAGGAUCUUUCUGCUGCUGGUCAUAGAAGUUGCCAAGACAGCAUGCCAAAUUAGGGAUUUACAACCUGCUAAAGGAUUUUGUUAAAGUUGAGCGAAAACUACAGAAACAAAAUUAGAUUAAGCAAUCCCUAAGAAUUGAAAUUUUGAUUGUGGUGGUUUUGUUGCCGAUAAUUAUGUUGUGAUUGCUGAAAAUGCUGGAAUAGAUCUUUAGUAAUGUAGAAUAUCUGCAUGUUAUCAAUCACAGCUACACUUAUUUGAUUAUAAUGACAUUUUUUACAUAAAUAACAAGAAAUUUUGUACUGAAAGGUUUUUAGAGCUUGUCUGUUCCACUUAAGUGCAGCAUCCGUUCAUCUCUUAAAUGCCUAAACUUCAA